CUCAGCCGCGACGCUGUGCAGCCGAAGUCACAUAACCGGCUUAACCCGACACACCGACAACACGCCGCUAAAAAUAGGGGCACAUCAGGCACACCACAGGUACAUCACAGUUUCAGAAUCCUCCCUUCAGCGGGUUCGGCAAAGAAGUCGAAAGUUACCAAAACGAAGAAUCCUGUUUUCAAAAUGGCUGAGGUGGAUAUUGCUUCCUUUUGUUCCGAAGUUAAUUCCUGCUCCAAACUACAGAAGGAACUGGCUACGGAACUACGUGACUUUGCUGAAAACCUCAAGUCUAAACAGAGAAAAGUUGACAUCGCAAAACUCACUUCCUCAAAUGUGGGUCUCGUUGGCGGAGUUCUUGCAAUCGCAGGCUUGGCUCUGGCACCCGUCACUGCAGGGGUCUCAUUGGGCCUGACCAUAGCAGGGGGCGUGGUUGGGGGAGGGACUGCCGUGUCGGGUAUAUCGUCCAUGAUUGUUAAUUAUCGCAUCACAAAGAACGCAGAGAAACAUUUAUCGCAAAAGCUUCAUGAUUAUGCGGAAAUGUCAGAAGAUAUAAACAAAAAAUUGAAUAAAUUAAUAAAAACAUUGCAAGAACCAGAGAGGAUUAUUCUGCAAGGUCAUAUUGAAAAGAGUAACUUUAUCAACAUGGACACGAAGAGGGACAUCAUAAGAAGGAUCAGAAGCGCUGUAGAAGCGUCACUUCCGCUGUCUCUUGGGCUCAAGGGAAAAGCAGUUCUCAAAUCAAUCGAAGUCGUCACCAAAUCUGUAAUCAAGGCCGUUAGAAUUAUCAAGGCAUCGAAACGUGCUGUUGAUGUUGCACGGGGAAUAACAGCUGGUGCCGAGAUGUCUUCCAGAGUUGCUAGUGCCGCAAAGUCUGUAGGAACGGCAGCUGAUGCAGGCACUGACGUCACUUCCGCUGCUGGGAAGGCUGCCACUGCCGGUAAGGCUGCAGCGUCCGGCGUCAAGGUCGCGGGUGUGGUUCUUGCCGCUGUCGGAGUGGCAGUAGAUCUCGGAUCGAUUAUUUACUUCAGUCGUAAAAUACACAAAAACGAACCCUCAAAGAAUGUUGAGAACAUCUUGAAAGUGGCUGAUUGUCUUGAGGGCAAAGAAUAAGGGAAGAAAUUGUCACAAUCCCAUUUCAGACUCCGACAGUAAUAUGUAAAUAUGAUUUGAUUUUUUCAAAGUUUAUGUUUAGGAAGAAUCAGCUGUGGGCGAUGAUGAGAUUCAGCCAUAUUCAUGUGCCGCUAAUAGGAACAGGUAGAGAUGCUGCAGUGCAUCAAUUGUUCCCCGCCAUAUAAUGGCAUAUGCAGAGGAAGGAAGUGUAAGCAAUGGGAGGAGAGGAUUGGUGUAAAGUACAAAUUGGUUGUUACUAAUGUAGUUAUCAUUGGAAAGCAUAAUAAAAGAAACAGUGUCUUUAAAUGGUCAGCACAAAGAAAACCUAGGCAGGAAAACACAUAAUUGGGCCUGUCAGGAGGAACUUGGUAUAUACCCACUAUAAGUACCAAUGAUAUAAAAAAAAAAAUUGAUUACAAGUCCUAUAUAGAUAACACAACAAACGUCAUUCUUAAACAUGGUUUUGCAGUAAAUACCAAAGGGGCGGUCGGGUAGCCUAGUGGUUAAAGCGUUCGCUCGUCACGCCGAAGACCCGGAUUCGAUUCCCGACAUGGGUACAAUGUGUGAAGGCCAUUUCUGGUGUCCCCCGCCGUGAUAUUGCUGGAAUAUUGCUAAAAGCGGCGUAAAACCAUACUCAGUCAGUCAGUCAGUAAAUAUCAAUCUUUCUGGUCACAAUGUUGGCUGGGUUAAAUAAAACAAACUUUUGAAAUAGUAAACACAAAUAAAUGUACUGAAUCCACUGUAAAUACACUUCAGUCCAACUAAAUGUGGAAAUAUGUUCACGCAUUCAUGAAAGGAAUCCCAUUGAUCCAACAGCAAGUUAAGAACAUACCGGUUGGUCAAGUCACCUAUAAAUAUUGAGAAUUAUCUUACAUAUUGUAAAAACAAAGCUUAUAGGUCAUAUUCGUUUAGUUUAAGCUAUCACAAACUAAAAAUAGAAACUGGUAGAUAUACACAAAAAAACAAUCCCAUUGGAACAAAGUCUCUGUGAAACAUGUGAUGUCUUAGAAGAUGAGCAACAUAAUGUAUUGUAUAAAAUACAACCAAGAAAGAGAAUCACAAAUAAUCUUCAAUCACGAUAACGAAUUUUGUACGCUCUUACAAUUCUUAAUAAGUUUUACCAACAGUUAGCCAGAAACAAUUUCCAAGAUCUGUUAUCAUAUAUAUAAUUAUAAACAAAUUCCUUGUAUGUAGAACAUUACCAUAAUUUUGCUCAAUUCUCAUAUCAUUAUAAUACACUUGUUGUAAUAUAAAAUUGUUAUAAUAUACAUCCUUUGUAUCUUGAAUGUACCUGUGUGUUUUGCACUUAUUAUGCAUAUUUUUUGUAGUUUGUGAUAGUGUAAUAUUGCCACUGUUUCUACAUGGAAUGUUACGCAAUACAAAUCUCAUCUUAAA